CCGACUGAUCGAGCCUGAAAGACAGAGAGAAUAUCUUAAAGACCAUCUUAACAACCAUCUCAGAGACUCCAAGAAAAUGAAGACACUUGCCCUCUGUGUGCUGUUUCUUCUAUCCGUGCUCUACAAUAGGGUCCACAGUGCUUCCCUGGUCAAGAAUGAAAUGAUUAAUGAUGCAGACCAAGUAUCCGAUCCAGAGUGGUCAGAAUCAAAUAUUAUGGAGCCCCUUCUUAGGACGAAACGUCAUUCACAUCUUUCUAUCUGCACCAUCUGCUGUAACUGCUGUAAGAAGAAAGGCUGCAACUUCUGUUGUCUAACGUGAACCCGCGGCUCUUCUCGAGAGGGGACUGAAGGAUGACUCUGAAUCCUAAGAUAUGCGUUUAAAAGACACACCGUAGCUCCAAUCACUAGUCUUUCUGCAAGCUCUUUGCUCUGUGAUAAAGCCCGAUCCUAAACUGCGAAGGGCUAAAAGACAUGAGUAAGACUGAACUGCGUGGAGUCCAACUACUACUUUACAAACGUUGUCCUCUUAAGGUCCUUGCUCUCUGCUGCUCACUGUCUCACCUUUAUUUAUACCUAUUUUACGUUAUUAUUUCUCGAUUUUGUAUUGUAGCUUGUGUGUAAAGUUGUUUUGUAUAAUAAAUAUGUAUAUUAUUUUUUUCAAGGUUCAAAUACAUUUAUUUUAUUUAUAGAACUACAGGAAAGGCCUCAACAAACAAGUACAGUUAAAGGGACACUGCAAUGGACAUCUAUAGUUACUUUUCUUAAUUUAACUAGAGUGAGAUCGUUUUUGAGCAGAUUGCAUUUGAGUGUCAGUUUCUUUAGCAAUGACUUUUAGAGUUUAUAUCUGUUUCACGCAGUGAAAUCAGCUGUUUUCAUCUUUGAGUAGAUAAUUUUAACAAAUAUUUCAGUUUAUCUCAGUUUCUCUGGGGUUGUCUCCAUAUCACUCAACACUGGCAUCCUGCGAAGUGGGACACCCAAAGCAGACUCUCCCUGAAAGGAUUGGCAGGUCCGCCAAGCUGCCUGUCAAUCAAGCAGGCCAACCCAACAAGGGUGGAAAACCUAGUGCCCUAAGUGUAGCACAAGCGCGUGUGAUAUGAUGCAUUCACCUUACACUUUUAGGACAGUUUCCUGGUGUCCCCAAAAUCAGGACACUAGGGAACAAAGUCAAGACUGUAGCACAGGACCAUAAAAUCUGAACUGUCUUGCCAAAUCAAGAAUGUUGGGAGGCCUGUCACUCUGAUGGUCCAACUAUGAUGUACUGUUGUAAAAUUCAGCAUCAUUAGGAUCUUGCCCCAGAACUUCUAAGCCUUUCUAAACGUUGCUUUAUUUACCAAGGCUGGGGUAGCAAAAAACAUUUAUUUUCUAGUAGUUUAACAAAAUAAAUGACUAGGUAAAUUACUGAUUUCUUACAAAAAAAUAAAGUCCUAAGUUGCUUUGCGUGGGAUAUGUCCUAACAAAGGUCUGGUUUAAUAUGCACAUGAGUGGGACUCGUGAACUACAGUGUGAUAUAAACAUAUACAUUCCAAGUUCAAUCUGUGAUUCAUUGUUCCUCCAACUGUACUUGUUUGCUUCAUUAAUAAAUCUGUAAUUUUUAAAAUA